CGUACCUGAAGAUUACAUACUAAACCAACCCCUAAACCUCACCUCCCCUCAGGAAGUAUUCUUCGACGGGGGGACGAAAACAGCGCGAGAAGGGAACAGGCAACAAUUUUGCGUCACUGAGGUUCUGUUCAAAUCUUGAAAGCCCUAGCCGUACUCAUACAGAGGAGAGGCCUCAGCAACUGUUUCUAUUUUCUUUCUCUGCCCUACAAUUUAUGUGCUUUCGUAUCUCUCCUCUUCAGUGAGUGUGCCUCUCUGACUCUUUUAACACCCAUAACGAGACAAUGAAAGGAGUUGCAAGGGACGGCGGUGCUGUGCCAGAAUCAGUUAUGGAUGCAGUAAACCAGACUUUGACCAACGUAGAAGAGGUUCAGUCUCACUUGCACGAGUUUUUUGUCUCUUCAGACCCUGAAGUUCUCUCCCAAAUGCCCACUCUUCAAAGGGCUCAAUCCCUGUUCUUGCUCGCCAAAAUCACUUCAACCCUGUAUACUUUGAAGUUGAGAUGUAGUGGGGUUCACCCAGAUGAUCACCCUGUCAAGUCGGAUCUCAGAGAUCUGAAUAGAAGAAAGAAUAAUGUGCAUGGACAGACUAAGCUUGUACCAAGACAAACUAAAUCGAAUGAAGAUUUGAGUAAAGAACCACUACGACCUUCUACUACCUUGAAUUAUCAGGCAGCUACCCGUUUUAUUGAGCACUCACUGCCCGAUCUUACUCCAGAGCAGAGGCAAAAUAUGAGGAGUUUAAGUAGAGGGGAGAGGCCAAAGAUGAAUAAUCAGGAGAGGAGUGGUCAAAAGAGGAAGUAUCAAUCUUCUGAAAAACAGUCUGUUCAAGCUGCUGCCAAAGAGUUUCUUGAGAAAGCAGCCCGGGAGAUUCUUGGUAACAAUGCUAGCGGUAUUAAGGGACCAAUACCAAUAGACAUUUCAGAUGAAGACGAUCAAUAACUGUGAACUGAUUCUCUUGAAUUCUGUUUCAGCGAAUGAAAUGAAGCUGUGCUGGCAACCAUUCUUAUCCAACUCACUGGGGGCAAUAUUGAGGUGGCCUUGUUGGUUUCCUUGCUUUUGGAUCUCUAUCUAUGGGAGAUGCAGACUGUCAAUGGCUGUCAACGGCGUCUUAUUUCUGAUAAGUAGCAGGAGAAAGAAGGGCGUGUUGAUAUGUUUUCACAAGUAUACUAUCCAAAAUGCGCGGUGGCUAGGGAGGAGGCAUGCAUUGUUUAAAUCUUUCUGUAGUUGUCUGUGUUAGAUUUUAAUCUUAAAUUAUGCAUGAGAGCUAUGCUUACAUAUGACUGGGUUGCUACUCUGCUGUGCUGUUUUAGUAUGUAAAACUAUUUAUGUGCUUCUAUUUUAGAUGACCAUGUUGAUGCUUGGUUUUCGUCUGUGGUUAAAUUAUCUCUAAACCAUAAACCAAGCAUGCACAGUCAUCUGACGUUUUGGUUGGAAAAUGGUGGAGGCCAACUUCUUUCAAA